AUGUCGAAAUUUUUGUUCGUUUUUUGCGCUAUCCUCUUCGUCGGGACAAGUGUUUACGGCGCCGAAGAUGCUGGUACAAUAAUGAAAAUGAAAAAUGAGGUUGUAGAGGCAGCAGAAAAAGCACAUUCUAUUCUUAAACAAAAUUUAAAUGAAUAUUCAGGAAAAAUUAAGAAAUUAAUUUCCAAAUUACAAGAAGAAGCAAUUGAUUUACGUUCUGUUGCUUACAAGAAUGUUGCCUCUACCGAAAAUCAAGUAAUGGCGAGAAUUGAUAAGGCAAUACAGGAUGCAACGGGUACAGAUGUAGAGGAAUGCCGGAAUAUGGCAAAAUCUUUAAAACCAAUUGUGAGCGAAACUCUCGUUGAUGCGAAUAAUUGUGUUGAAAGUAGAAUUAAGAAGGCAAUUGAUACUUGGAAGGAUUUAUAUCACCAGGCAGAAAAGUCCUUGAAAACUUUGAUUGAUGUCAAAAGUGAUGUUGAAGUAUGUGUGAAAGAUAUAAAUAACUGGCGAUCAAUCCCAUACGCAUCAUAUUGCGUCACUAAGGUGGCUGCAGUUGGAACUUUCGAAACAGCGACAAACGUUCCAGGUAUUGUUUUAAAUAUCACCGAUUUAUAUUUUCAAGUUCAAUCAUUUUUGCCAGAACUUCAAGCAUGCGUCUCAUCGAAAACUAUCGAGAAUAUGAAAGGAACCAGUGAACAAGUUGUAACAAAUGUUAUCAGUUGCGUUAAAGCCGAAGUUAAAAGUCAACAUUCAAAAGCACCUCAAAAAUCCUGGAUGAAAAAAUUCAUUCCAUGGUAA